AUGGCGACGCCUUCGAGCAAAAGUGUCAAAAGCGAGAUCCCAAACACAGUCCGAGUAGACUGGAACGAUGUGGAUCUGGUGGCGAGACUGGCCAGGAAGGGUGGUGUUACGGAGGAAAAGCACAUUCUGAGCAAAGUGAGCGGCUUUGCGCUUCCUGGCGAACUCCUUGCGAUCAUGGGCCCUUCUGGAGCUGGCAAGACAUCCUUACUGAAUUGCCUGGCCGUGCGAACCAGCCCAACUGGUGGCAGCCUAACCUUCAACGCGACAGAAAUUUCUACUUCUCUCAAGCGACGCGUUGCAUACGUUCAUCAGCAGGAGAUGCUCCUGGAAUGCUACACUCCCAAAGAGCAUCUGCUCUUCCAGAGCUCUCUCAGGAUGCCGCGAGAUGUAACAGCCAGCCAGCGACGAGAGCGUGUUGCAAAAUGCAUUCACCUGUUGGGACUGGAGAAAUGCCAAAACAGCUUGAUAGGUGACAUCUACCACGGCAUUUCGAAGAACGAAAAGCGAAGGGUUUGCUUUGCAACAGAGAUUCUGACACAGCCGGCGGUUCUUUUCUGUGAUGAGCCCACUACUGGUCUGGACAGUGUCAUGGCCGAGGUUAUCGUGAAGUACAUGAAGGCCAUCGCCAUGGAAGGGCAGAAGGGCCAGAAGGUCACUGUCAUUGCAUCCAUACAUCAGCCAUCGUCACAGGUUUUCCGGCUUUUCGAUCGUCUCCACUUCCUCGUGGACGGAAGAACCGCUUUCUUUGGUCCGGUCAAACAGCUGGAAGCAUACUUCUCGAGCAUCGGGUACCCAAUGCCUGAUCACACCAUGCCUGCCGAUUUUGUGAUGAAGCUGUGCAUAAAUCCGCGGGAUCCAGACGGUGCUGCAAGCCGUCGUGUUGCAAUCGGCGAUGCAUGGGAGAAGCAGUGGCCCAAUGAUGAUGCUCGUGCGAAUGAUGCCCCAAUCAAGAUCAUGGGAAAAGAUGCCAUUUCUGAAAGCCCAGACGAUGACCGUGGCAGAAACUGCUUUCUGCAGCUGAUCCAGAUGACGAAGCGUGAGGUGAUCAUGAAGACACGUGCGAAAGCAGAAUUGCGAUCAUCUGUGAUCCGGACAGUUGUUCUGGGACUGAUCUUCGGCCUCACCUUCUUUCAGAUCGAGAAGACCCAAACGGCCCUCUUCGCACUGAAUGGCUGCAUUUUCUUUGUCAUGAUGAUGCAGGUGAUGAACACAUGUAUGGGUGGUGCCAUGGGCAUCCCAACGCGCCUUCCCACGUUGAUCCGUGAACAUCGAAAUGGAGCGUAUUCGGUUCCCUCAAUCUACAUCAGUAAGUUCCUCGCCGACUUGCCCUUUGAUUUUGGAAUUGCCCUUCUCUGGUCGACGAUGCUGUUCUGGAUGGUGGGAUUCCGAAGCUCCUUUGAGAACUUCUUCUGGUUCUUCCUGACACUCUAUCUCCUCACUUCUGUUGCCACUGGCAUUGGCUACUUGGGCGGCUAUGUCGCGCCAAUCGGGGCCGUGGGAAUGCUUGUGGUGCUUCUCAAUGUCAUGCCUCAGAUGAUGAUGGGAGGCCUCUUCAUCAAUUUGGACUCCGUUCCUGUCGGGCUGGUAUGGCUGAAAGCAAUCUCGAUGUUCCGUCACAGCUUCGAGGCUUUGAUGAUCAACCAGUGGCAAGACUUUGGCGACCUGCCAUGCGAUGGGCCGUGCAUCGCGCAAAACGGAGAGGAGGUUUUGGCGUGGAGCGGAAUCAAUCCAGACAGCGCUAGCUACAUGGUGUCAAUGUUGUACCUCCUGAUUCCGCUUUGCUGCUAUCACAGCUUGGCGUUCUUUAUGCUGAUGCGUCGGGCACGCCCUCGACAAUUCGAGGGUGCUGCCCCGGAAGAUGACACAAAGGGGGAGCUGCGCCGCCAAGACGAAGAAAAGCCAAAGUUGACUGACAUUCCUCGGCCUGAGCUGUUGAUGGCUUGGCAGAAUCUGACCAUAGAUGUGCAGCGAAACGAAACGGGGAAGUUGCAGACUUGCCGGAUUCUGGAUGGCCCGAGCGGUCAUCUCGAGCCGGGUCAGCUCAUGGCGAUUAUGGGGCCCUCGGGUUCUGGCAAGUCGACUCUCUUGAAGUCCGUUGCGGGCAUCGGCGAGCUUCCGUUAUUGCCAGGAUCCAGUGUGAAGGUCAACGGUGGGGAGUGGACCCCGGCAAUGCGCGAUCACAGCGGAUUUCUCUUUCAAGAUGAGCAGCUCUUUGCAGGACUCACCGUCCGGGAACACCUGCUCUUCCAAUGCCGAUUCCGUAUAGGAGUGUUCUCGAAAGCUGAACGCGAGCAGCGGGUUGAUGCGCUGAUCACGGAGCUCGGACUGGCAAAGUGCAAGAACACUCUCAUCGGCAACAUUGGAGCGGGAAUUUCAGGUGGUGAGCGGCGGCGCCUGGCCUUCGCUACGGAGCUGUUGACUGAGCCUUCGGUGCUUUUCGCUGACGAAGCCACCAGUGGUUUGGAUUCUGCCAUGGCGUACAACGUGUGCAAGAUGUUACGGGACUUCGCACGAGGUGAGGGUUCCGGACGGAAGCGCACAGUCUUCGCGACGAUUCACCAGCCGAGUGAGGAGGUGUUCAAUUUGUUUGACAAGGUGCUGAUCUUAGUGGACGGCGCAGUCGUCUAUCAUGGGGCGCCUUUUGAAGCCCUCGCACAUUACCAGUCCCUGGGCCUUGCCUGUCCACACGACGAAAGCCCUGCUGACUUCUUUAUGCGAUGCGUGGCCGUAAAUGCCGGCGAAGAGGCCGCACGGGAAGAGGCCCGAUUGAACGUGAAGAAGCUCCAGGCGGCCGUACAACAGGUCGAUGCCCCCAAAGUGCCGCAAGACCCAGCCUCGGACAAGUCUUUGAAGAGCUCAGCCUCGGGAGCACUGGGAUCACUUGUGCAGCGUGAAUUCUUGUUGCGCCGCCGAAGCAAGAUUCUCUUCAAGGCGGUGAUUGCACGGACCCUUCUGAUGGCCGUUCUCUUCGGUUCGCUCUAUUGGCAAAUUCCCAACAAUCAGGCCUCCUGGCAAAGUAUCAUGGGCUUGCUUAACAUGAUGAUGAUCAACACCUUCAUGACGGCCGGCUUCGGCCUCACGCAAGAGCUGCCGCUGGCUUUGCGACCUGCAUUCCGUGAGUCCACUGCCGGCAUGUACUCCAUCUCUGCAUGGUUUUGGUCCAAAGUUAUUGGUGACUUCCCUGUGGAUACUCUGGCUCCCUGCAUCCUCUCCUCGGCGGUGUUCCUCAUGACAGGGAUUGGCAAGACUGGUGAGUCGUACGUCAUGUUUGUGCUGAUGUCGGUGCUAGUUUCCCACAUCGGUGCUGCUUGGGGCUAUCUUUGCAGCAUGAUUGGCGGCAGAACUGAGUAUGCUUUCGCGACAUUUCUGCUGACAAUCUUUCCUUUCUUGACAUUCAACGGUUUCUUGAUCACCACCGAUGACAUCCCCGUGUACUUCAGAUGGAUUGAAGUCAUCGGCCCUUUCAAACCGAUCUUCUCGGAGUAUGCCUUUGCAAUCUGGGGCAGCCGCGGUGAUCUUGAAUGUCCGUCUCAGCCAUGCCUAGCGAACGGAGAGGCCGUGCUGUCCUUCUUUGGCUUGCGGCGAGAAGACCAGCCCACGAACUGGGCGAUAAUCAUUUGCUACCUCGUGGGAGCACGAUUGCUGGCAUGGAUGGUUCUGCUGCUUCGAGUGGAGAUCACGAACUGGAGGCUUCGCAACCACAAGCGGCAGGCAUAUAGUAAGAAGGUGACAGAUGCAGCUUCACCGGAUGAUGCUGACAUCUUGAACGCUGAGGCUUCCUUGCUUGAAGGAAGUCGUAAGAUUUUCGAGCUGCAGGGGCUCGUGUGGUGCAACGGAGCGGGGGAUCCCGAACCAGAAUGGCACAAGAACCUGUGCAUGGACAGGUUGCCACGCUUCCAGUGGAUUGCUGAAAACGUGGCCAGUGCAUUUGGAAGAGAGGAGGAGAAUCAGAUCAGAAAAGUUGAAAGCUUGAUUCAGGAAAACCUGAACUACAAAAAGCUGACCGAGUUCCUCGAAGGAAGGACAAAGCAGCAACACAUCUUUUUCUUCUACCAGCGCCCUGAUGCCACCAACGAGCACAAUGAGAUUAUAGAUGCUGAUAAGGACUGCAAGUUCACCAUCACAACAGGCGAGAACGAGCGAAUCAAAAGCCUUGCAGUGUACUUCCUGAGGAAUGUGCCGCAAGACCGAGCUAUCAAAACAGACGUGUUCUCGGACCAGGAGCUCCUCUUUGGCGAGGUGACCCCGAAUCCGCUGGAGAGCCUCAGCACCACCCUCGCAACGGUUUUCCAGCCGAUUGCGGCGAGACAGGAAGCCAACUGGGGACAAUGCGACGAAGAGCAGAAGACCGACUUCCUGACGAACUUCGAGAAAUUCACGGUGGAGCUCUCGGAGUCGAUCUCGGCGCUGAGCGGCGGCAUCGUCCUGCAAAAGGACUUGCCUUCAGGCAUGUGGCUGGACCCUGCCAGCCCGCAAUACCAGGAUUUGGUGAGGGAGCACCCGGAGGUCAUCGGAGAGUAUGGAGCACUUCUCGAGACUUGGUGCCGAGACAUUGAGCGGUACCUUGAGGAUGGCCUGGACCAGCACAGUGCGGUGCAAGAGCCAGGACCUCGCAGUGAGCUGGACUUCUGGCGUGGCCGAAUGCAGAAGAUCACAUCAAUUACGGAGCAGCUGAAGGGCCGAGAAUGCAAAUCAGUCUUCAACGUCCUCCAUGCGGUGACGCGACAGCAGGGUGGAAGCGACGUGGCGCCAAAGAGCCGCCAAACUGUCUUCAACACCCUUCGCCGCUGGAAGCAAAUCGACAUCUCCAUCACAGAAGCUUUCAACGAGGCGAAGGACAACGUGAAGUAUCUCACCACCCUCGAGAAAUUCAUUGAGCCCCUGUACUCCGGAACACCGUCUCAAAUCAUCGACACCCUGCCUGCCUUGCUGAACUCGGUGACGAUGAUCCACACCAUUGCAAGAUAUUACAACACGUCAGAGCGCAUCACCAACUUGUUUUCCAAGAUUACCAACCAGAUGAUCAACAACUGCAGGACGUGCAUCAUCGGAGACUGUGAGGACGCGUCUCAGCUUUGGGAUACCUAUCCUCCGGACUUGAUCGGCCACCUUGACGUAUGCCUCAAGCUCAACGAAUCGUACCAAGAGCAAUACAACCUCACCAAGAAUAAGCUCAUGACUUUGCCGAAGGGCAAGCAGUUUGAUUUCAACGAAAGUCUCAUUUUUGGACGCUUUGAUCUCUUCUGCCGAAGGGUUGUCAAGCUCAUACACAUGUUCAGUACUGUUCACCAGUUCAACCAGCUCAAGAUACACUUGAAGUCAAUGGAUGGGAUCCAUCAAUUGGUGGGCUCGUUCCAGACUAUCGUGGACGACUUCAAGUUCAAGAGUCAUGACCUGUUGGACUUCCUGAACAACCGCUUUGACAGAGACUACGUCGAGUUUAAUGUCCGCAUCAGCGAACUUGAGAGUGCACUGCAGGACUUCAUCAACCAGUCCUUCCAGAACAUUGCGUCGAUUGAUACGUCGCUGAAGCUACUGAGCAAGUUCCAGGGUAUCUUGCAGCACGGCAGCUUGAAAACAGAUCUGGAGUCCAAGUUUGCAGUGAUUUUCCACAACUAUGGUCAGGAGCUUGAGAGCUUGAAGGACUUCUACGAGAAGCACCGCGUCUCGCCACAGAUUGUGCGCAACAUGCCCCCCGUGGCCGGCAAUAUCAUGUGGUCGCGGCAACUUCUGCACCGGAUCAUGGAGCCAAUGCAAAAGUUCCACCACAACCCCCUUGUAGUGGCAGGAGGCAAGGAGGCCAAGCGCGUCAUCAAAAUCUACAACAAGAUGGCAAAGACACUCGUGGAAUUCGAGAUCGUGUGGCACCAGGCCUGGGUGAGCUCCAUAGAGACGACGAAGGCAGGCUUGAACGCGACUCUCCUCACCAAGCUUCCCGAGGAUCAGAAAUCGUAUUAUGUUAACUUCGACCCGGAGAUCCUGCAGCUGAUUCGCGAGCCAAGACCCCAGCACAAGUGGCCCUGCCAUGAUGGUGACAUACACAUACAUGCAGACAGAUCUGUAUAA